UCCACUUUAUAUUCUGGGCCACAUACCAACAUCUCGUACCCGUGUUUUCUUUUAAACGAUAAAAAGAAUAAAAGAUGACUUCAUCUAGAGUAUCGUAUGUAGGCCAACAUGAAGAUUCAGUCAGAGUUGGACCUCCAAGUUCAGAAUCAGCAUCAACAAGAUUCUACAGUAGACCAACAGAAAGUUCUCCUCAAAAUUAUGGCAUUGACAUGGAAACAAGAACUCUCUCAGAAUCAGUUAACUCAUCAACCCAAAAACAACCUCCCAAGAUUAAUUUGCCAAAAGGAAUAAAUAAUAUUUUGACGUCAAAGUCGUCUCGUUUAAUUGACACCACUGACUCACCUCGUGGUGGUCAAGACGUCACAACUGAUGAGAACCUUCUGACAGAAGAACCAAAUGGAAAUGGACGUGACGCUUGGGGAAGUAAAUGGGAAUUUAUUCUUGCCUCUAUUGGUCUGGCUGUUGGUUUAGGAAAUAUUUGGAGGUUUCCUUAUCUAUGCCAAAAAAAUGGAGGAGGAGUAUUUCUGAUUCCAUACCUUAUUUUUAUGGUGAUCGAGGGCAUUCCUAUAAUGCUGUUGGAGUUUGCAAUUGGUCAAAAAUUUCGUACAUCUGCUGUAAAUAUUUGGAAAAAAAUACAUCCUUCUUUAUAUGGAGUUGGCCUGGCAUCAAUAGCAAUAUCACUUUUGCUCUGUGUUUAUUACAUCAUUGUUAUUACUUGGUGCAUCUACUAUUUCUUCAUUUCUUUUCGAAAAGACUUACCGUGGAAACGGGAAGAGCUAUGUGACUCUGAAAAGUAUCAAAAAUAUUUGGAUUUAAAAAAAGUAGAAGAUUUCUGGCGUAAGAAUAAUUCAUUUUAUUUACAAUCCUCUAUCGAAAACAAUACACUGUACAAAGAUGUCGCUCUUUAUUCAAAAAUGAUGUACGAUCAAAGUAAAGAUAAUGUUACCAAAAUCACAGAGUGCUGUUUCCUAGAUCCUCCACAAUGGUAUUUUUAUAAAGAGGUUUUAGAUGUUUCAGUUGAUAUCAACGAUUACAGCAAAGGUGUCAACUUAAAACUAUUUGGAUGUUUAGCAGGUGCAUGGAUCAUUGUUUAUCUAUGUGUCGUAAAAGGGAUCAAGACAAGUGGAAAGGUGGUUUAUUUCACAGCAAUCUUUCCCUACAUCAUUCUUCUUGUUUUGUUUUUCCGAGGAGUGACGUUGGAAGGAGCAGGAACUGGACUCAAGGCGUUCUUUUCCCCUGAGGACACGUGGGAUCGAUUGAAAGAUGUACAAGUGUGGAGAGAUGCAGCAACGCAAAUGUUCUUCACUUUAAGUUUAGCAUUUGGUGCACUGAUUGCGUUCGCAAGUUACAUGCCUUACAAUAACCAGUGUAUGAAUGAUGCUUAUAUUGUUGUAUUUGUCAACUGUGGUACAUCACUGUUUGCUGGGAUUGUUGUGUACUCUAUCUUAGGAUAUCGUCAAGUAAAGACUGGUGUACAUGUUAAUGAAGUUAGUAGUGGACCGGGGCUCGCUUUCAUGGCUUUCUCUGAUGCUCUCUUACAGUUGGAUGUAUCUCCACUCUGGGCUGUUCUGUUUUUCUUUAUGUUGAUAUUGUUAGGCAUUGAUAGUGAAUUUGGAACACUUGAAGCUACAAUCACACCAUUGAUGGAGAUUGGAUUGCUUCCCAAAAAAUGGUGGAAAGAGCUGAAUACAGCUAUUGUAGUCAUUAUUUUGUUCGUAAUUGGAAUCGCCUUUGUGGCUGGCAAUGGUUAUUACGUUUUUCAAAUAUUUGAUGGCUACGCAGCAUCUUUCCCGUUACUCAUUAUUGCCUUUUUUCAAUGUAUUGGAGUUUCAUGGAUAUAUGGAAACAAUAAAUUUGCUGAAGACAUUAAAGAUAUGACUGGUAAACGGCCAUGGAUUGGAUGGAUGAUUUGCUGGAAAUAUAUAUCACCGUUGGCAUUAUUAAUUGUAACAUUUGCAAGUAUCUAUGACCUCUGCAAGAGUAGUGCAGUAUAUGAAAUAUUUGUUGGCUGUAUUGAGAAACCAGUAAGCUCAAAGUAUAGUGGCACUAAGGAAUGGACAGCCAGUGAAACCUAUCCUGCCUGGGGCCAAUUUCUUGUUGCCCUGGUUAUUCUCAUUCCAACUUUGUUAAUCAUUAUUUUUAUUAUAUGGAAAUGGCCUAAAGACUGGAAAGAUAAAUUUUACAUGACUUUUUGCACUGGAAUGAACAAUUACAGUCCAAAUCCAAAGUUUGUAUAGUCGUAGAGGAUUGCAACAACGCAAAAAGUCAUGCGUUUUUUUUAUUUUGAAUUGCUUAAGCUUAGGAAUUUAAUUUAAACGGAUUUUACGUUUUUCAAAUAUUUGAUGACAACUGUACCACCAUUUCCUCUUCUCGUUAUCGCUUUAUUUGAAUACAAUGCCGUCUCUAGGGUAUAAGGCAAUAAUAGCAAGUUGAAAUUUGUAAUGAUUAAUGAAAUACGUGAAAGACUCUGGUA